CUAAGAUGGAUAAAGCAGAAAUUGAUAAGAUCGACUGCAAGAUUAUUAAGGACAAGACUCUGUCCAGACACGAUGCUCUCUACAAACUCAUUUUGAUUGGGGACACAUGUGUUGGAAAGAGUUCCCUUUUAAUGAGGUUAACUGAGAACGAAUUUAAAGAGGAAUACGAGGUCACAGUAGGAGUAGAAUUCGGAGCCUUCCUGCUGCAAAUCGAUGACAAGAUCAUCAAGCUCCAAAUAUGGGACACUGCCGGCCAGGAGAGCUUCAAGUCGCUCAAUAAAAUUUUCUACAGAGGGUCUCACUGUGUCUUCCUUGUGUAUGACAUCACCAGAGAAGAAACCUUCAACAAUAUUGAAGACUGGCUGAAAGAAGUCAAAAUGAACACAGGAAAUGAAUGCAUGACUUAUCUUGUUGGAAAUCAGGUUGAUAAUGAAGAUGCCAGAGAAGUUACAGUUGAUAAAGCACAAACUUAUGCUGAAGAAGCUGGAAUCUCUGAAAUCUGUGAGACAUCCGCCAAAACAGGAGAGAAGGUCGAAGAGAUCUUCAUUAAUGCAGCUAAAAUGCUCUAUGCUCAAAACAAACAUGAGAUUGAAGAAAAGGCCCAAGAUCCCCAAAAGACGAGACUUACAAGAACAGACAAUAGUCGUCAGAAUAAUGUGGUUGCUCCUAGAAAGAAGGAUGGUUGUGCUUGCUAAGCCUUAUUUUGUUCUCGAGAGUUAUUUUUACCUCACUUGUUCUCAAUA